UAAAACACUACACCCACUAUAAACAGAAUGGAGGAGGUGUCCGACUCCGAUGAUUUUAACCUUGUUGAGGGGAAAAUGGAUCUAGUGAUAUCAGACAUUGUCCUACUCUCAAAGAAAGAGAAAGCUCCUGAUAAGUACAUAGCAAUUGAGCCGCCAUUGGCUGAAGGAGGGAGACUGAGCUUCACCAAGAGAUACAUUGCCUACUGCCGGGAAAUACCCAACCAAAGAUGGGGUAGGGUUGUUGUGAGUGAUAUUAAGGUGUUGUCAAAUAACCAGCCACCAGUUGGAUACAGGGGAUUACCUGAAACACACGAUGAUGUUAGUAAGUCAUUUGGUUCUAAACUGAUUGCCAUUAAACUGACACCACAAGAAGAAGCAGCUGAAGGUGUCACUGACAUAUUAGUACUAUCAGGAUCAAGGAAGGACCAAGUACCUCCUGGAUACAAGAGACUACCUGAGAUCAAUGGGUUCAGUGUUUGUUUCCAAGUAACAAAGCUAGCUAGAAGAGAAGGUCCUCCUCCUCCAGUUACUAACAGACCCAGGUCAGGAGCUGGUAUAGUACAGCCACAGGAUAACAAAGGAGCUAACUAUCCGACCUAUGAGAGACAAGUUUCUAGAAAAGCUCGUUCAGCUGUGGAUGGACUUUCUUUCAAAGUUAACGAAGACAACAGCUCACGUGCUAGUGAGUUUCUGUCAGCUAAUUUGAAGUAUCUGUCUUUGGAUGACAUUGAAACAAAAUUUAAAUUUGAUUGGUCUCUUGAAGAACAAGCACAAGCUCAAACUUAAAACAAUCAAAAUACAAAAAAUUGAUUUUUAAUUGCUAUUAUUGUGACCUCAUGUUUUGUUAAUAACUAUUAAUAACUAUUAA